AUGAGUGUCACAUCCUUCAGUGUGGCACUCGACAUUUACACUGAGGAGUUCACUGGGAUACAAGCCUACCGCAACCUGAAGAGAGAAGGAGAUGUGAAUCAAGAGGUGCUUCUCCAAUCUUGGAGGGACAACCUCUCUAAGGCGAACAUCACCACUGGGUGGACGACGAAGCAUGCGAAGAUGACUCAACUCACCCCUUUGAUGGACAUCUGCCACACCCUCAUUGGGUACUCUCUGACGGGCAAGAAUGAAAGUGGAGGUUCGGUGUCCAUGAGAGACCUCUACAUCCUCCACCAGCUUCACGAGCAAGUCCCGAUCCACUUGGGAUGGGCGGUUGUCUGA